AUUACAGCCAUCUUAUGGACAACAUGCACACUGUGAGGUCACUGCGCCAACUUGACGAUUGACCAUCCCCCUCUCUAAAUUGCAAUAGGGUUGACCUCCACCAUGACUGCUUGACCCCUUGGCAACUUCCGAACAUUAUUAAUCGAUAUAUUUUCAUCCGGGUCGAUAUAUCUUUGCGGCAAUGAGCUUGCUAUAGUGGUGAAAGUGCCCCCUUUCAACUUCCUCCCACAGCCGAUCAUAGUCAGUGACUCCCUGAGCCUGGUACAAAGAUGAACAAUCAACCAAAAACACCUGCCCGAGCGAGUGGCAUUCCCCGCUUAGCAUCAAGACUCCCUUUGCCGACAACAUCCGCAACCUCCAAACCCCUCCGACCUUCGCCAUCGCGUGAGAAGCUACAAACCGACUCGGGCCUGGACGCGAACAAGCACCGCAGACCUUCCGAAGAUCUUGUGUUCAAAAAACCACUGCCGAAAUACACAACACCUCAGAAACUCUCCGCCGGACUUCGGAAACUCGAUGAAUCUCAGACAAGGGCGGGCGGGGGUGCGAAGUCCGAAGCCAGCACAAAAUUGAAUACUGCUCCAUAUUUGGAGCGCGAUGCUGUCCUGAUCGAAGAUACUGAAACGCGAGGCCGUACGCGACCUUCGCUCGCAGAACGAACAAUCGAGACACUCUCAAGAAUACCGCCAUCUCCAGGACCAGGUAGAAGACAGUCGAGUUUCUAUGGCGCAACAAGUCCGAUGCGGUCCCCAUCACGCCCCUCAUCAUCAAUGACUAGCUAUUCAAGAUCACCAUCCAGAUCCUCAUCUCGACAACCUAGUGGGGGCGAUUAUCUUGCACGACCGCCCUCUGCCAUGCGGCUGCCAUCCAGACCUCGCCCGUCUUUGUCCACGAAUGCUGCAUCGGGUGAUCAUGGCCAUGCCCCGGCUGCUACAAAUAGUCCAUCAAGAUUGAAGCUGCCCUCGACGAGAAUGAGUGGACAUAAGGGAAACGCUAAUCUGGCAUCUAUCACGACAAAGCCUCGUCCGGCUGUGACUCAAACCCACAUAAACGCCGCUGGAUCGGGCCCGGAUGCGUCAUUACCCGGCCUAGAUGUGAAGAAAACACGAAGAGCGCAGCCGAAGCUUCCAACCUCAAGGCAAUCAUCGGUUGGCCCCCGGUCACCGUCCGCACGAUCCACGGCAUCAGACUUGACGCCAGAGCAACAGUCAGAAUUGGAAACAAGGAAGGUCUCAAAAUCUUCAAGCGCUCUUAGAGAGAGCAUCGCGAAAGCUAAGGCGGCAAGAAAAGCAGAAGCGCAGAAACGCAUGCAAUCCUCGUCUUCCAAUGAUGCCUGGGAUCGGCUCAACACCGAAGAUCCGUUCAAUCAGAACCCCCAGGAUUCAAAUAUUGGUCUUCUCCGAGAACGCCUUGAAACAGGCAGAACCUCUGGGCAUCUCAACAUAGCAGCCAUGUCUCUAAAAGAACUUCCCAAGGAAGUUAUGGCGAUGUACGACUUCGAUCCUGAUGCUACUACUGAAUGGUACCAGAGUGUAGACCUGGUUAAGUUCAUUGCGGCCGACAACGAGUUCACGGAACUUCCUGAAGAAGCUUUCCCUGACAUCGACCCGCACGAUUUAGAUGGGGAUUCUGAUGACGAGAAGGGAAACCAAUUUGGCGGGCUUGAGCUGCUAGACUUGCACGGUAACCUGCUACAAUCUCUACCGAUAGGCUUCAGAAGAUUACAGAGACUUCACACCUUGAAUCUGUCAAAUAAUAAUCUCAAAAUGAACGAUUUACAGGUCGUUAUGGAAUUGGUAUACUUGAAAGAUCUUAAGCUGGCCAAGAAUCGGUUGGAAGGCACUCUUACACCAGAGAUCAAAAACCUGAAUAUGCUGGAGACUUUGGAUUUGCAUGACAACAUACUCACUGACUUGCCUCCAGAAGUGUCACAAUUGAGCUCACUUCGAGUCUUGGAUGUUGGUGGUAACCAGCUGAGUUCAUUACAGUUUGAAGCCUUGACCCAGCUUUCUCUGAAGGAGCUUCGGGCCCCAAAGAACAAACUGAAAGGCACACUCAUCCCAGCUUCGGUCCAUAAGCUCGAAGCACUGCAGGUUCUUGAUGUGGCCAAUAAUGUAUUGGUGAAGCUUGCCGAAAACGUGGCUUUAGAACUGCCCAAUCUCCGGACUUUAGCAAUUAGCUGCAAUCGCAUCCAGUCCUUGCCGGAUCUGUCGUCCUGGCAGGCCUUGCUGACAUUGUCGGCCGAGGAUAACAGCCUUCCGUAUCUCCCAGAAGGCUUCAUUGGAUUGAAGAAUAUUCGAAACGUCGAUUUCACAGGCAACGAUAUCUCCCGACUGGACGACAGAAUCGGCUUGAUGGAGAGCCUGUUCACGUUUCGAGUGGCUACCAAUCCCCUUCGCGAACGCAAGUUCCUGACCAUGAGCACCGAAGACCUGAAGCGCGACUUGCGAAACCGAUGCGAACCAGAGCCCCAGGAUACCGACGAUGACACGGGCUCUGUCGCGACCCAGUUUACAUUGGCACCAGAAACCCCGGCUCAGACGGCGGCUUGGCAGAUCAAGCCUGGCGGUGUUCUUGAUCGGUCUUACACUGAUAUGCGUGAGCUAGAGCUGGAUGAGUUGAGGCGAAUUAACUUAAGCGACGUGCGAUGUUUGUAUCUACACCACAACGAGCUACGUUAUUUCCCGAUAUCUGCCCUCAGUUUACUGGCGUCUACUCUCACAGACCUCGACCUUUCAAACAACCCACUAGAUAGCACAACACUCUUCGCCUCAGCUCUUACGCUUCCCAAUCUUCAAAGCCUGAAUUUAGGUGCUACAAACCUUACUACAUUGGAUCCCAUCUUGACAAACCUUGUGGCACCAGCCCUGACAUUUCUGGAUGUUUCCUACAACCGCCUGUCUGGCCAGGUGCCUGCCGUACGUCGCACUUACACCAACCUGAUGGCAUUUGUGGCCGCAGACAAUCGAUAUACCAGCUUGGAGUUUGAUGCCGCCCAAGGUCUUCAGGUAUUAGACGUGGGAAAUAAUGAUAUCGGCAUGCUUCCACCUAAGCUAGGCUUGCUGAGAGGGGAAGGCUCGAGCAGAAAUUGGGGUAACGGAUCCGCCCUGAGACGGUUCGAGGUCGCCGGAAAUAGCUUCCGUGUUCCUCGGUGGCAGAUUGUCGCCAAGGGUACUGAUGCCAUUCUUGAAUGGCUCAAGGAUCGAAUGACUGCAGAAGAGUUCUCUCAGUAUGAGUCGCUCGACGACUUGACUGAAGAGUGAACUGCUACAUAAUAUGGCAAUUGUCCGAUUUUGCGCGGGACUCAUCAUCUUUGUGAACAGAUCUUGAUGUCCUGUAUCGAAUUAUGUGCUCUGGGUAAUUGUGUAGUUCGUUGUUCAAGAAAUAAUGAAUGCCAUGUCACUGCGACAUAAUAUGGUAGGCGC